AUGAACAAUAAUGCGCUUGCAGCCGAGCAUUCUCCAAAAAAAACUAAAACACGAUUUUUAUCCAAAAAAAAAAUAUCCAAUUAUAUUCGGAAUCUAAUUUCUAGAACACCCAUCUACACAUUAUUUGCCAAUCCUGAUAAUAAUAAUAAUAAUAAUAAUAAUAAUAAACAACCCAUCCCCUUUGUGUGCACCAAGCGUAGUGAAAUUAAAAAAGCAGAAAAUGUUAUGGAGGAGGCUAUAGAACGAUUGAAAGAACAUGCUAUACAUUCAAAUGAUUACAAUUUACAUUACUGUUAUGCUAACGAAAUAGAUAUAUAUCGUAAGAGACAUAAAUAUGUAAUCGUUGACAAAAUUGAUAUUGAAAUCAACAACACCGAUAAGUAUGAAGAAAUAAUAGAUACACUAUCCAACUUUAAUAAUAAUUUAUAUAGUUUUGUCACCGUAAAAGGAAAAGUUGUCCGUGAAUAUAAUCCAAAUUUAGUAAUGAUACAACAACACUUCACAGAUAUGUCUGAUCCAUCUUUUAAAGGAUAUCUGUAUGCAUUAGCUGUAAAACGUAAAGUAUCUGAAGAUACUACUAUAAUUGCUUUAACAUCGCCAAAUGUAAAUGAUCACAAUUAUGUAGACAAAAAUUUAUUUAAAAAUGCUAUUGUAGAAAGUGCAAACUCAUUCGUAACCGACGUAGAUCCUGAAGAUUAUAUUAGAAAAAGAGACUUAAGUAAAAUGUUUGUUCACUUAUCCGGAUAUAUCAUUCAAAAAAAAAGCAAAUCUAUUCAGAUUACCAGUAUUAAUGCUAUUGAAGUAGAUUAUCGCAAUGCUCCAAAAUUAAUUGAAGAAAGUUUCAGAGGAGACAAAUUAACAAUUCUAAUUAAUUUAAAAAACAAAUAUUCUAUGAAAUAA